AUGGGCAACAUUGGUCGGCCUAGCACCGGCUGUGGUCUUUGUCGGAAGCGAAGAGUCAAGUGUGACGAAGGUCGUCCUGGAUGCCGCAAUUGCAUGAGACUCAACAAGCCUUGCCCUGGAUAUCGCGAGCCCGAUUACGGUCUUAUCCGAUCAACAGUCUUCAUGUCCAGUCCCUCGUCCAUUCCCCGGGCAUCUGUGAGGGCUCUUCAGCCUUCUACCGCCGUGAAGUAUGAAGAGAGCGGUCCUUCCCACAGCCGUUCGAUCACGUCGCCACCCCUUCCGAGACCGAGCUUCAUCUACAGCACCCCGGACGAGGUUAUCGAACAGGCCCUGUGGUAUUCUCUCGCUCAACUUGAUACCAACUCACGUGCCUUGUACGGCAAUGACACGUUCAACUUUCUCCCAAAUAUGCUGGCCAAGGCAGGCCCGGAAUCGUAUCUGUACAGUGCCAUGAAGUCCGUCGGCAUUAUCAACCUCGCCAACCGCUCCCCAACUGUCAACAUGCAGUCCAUGAUCGACACCGAAUACGCGGAAGCCGUCUUGGGGGUGACAGCGGCGUUGGCCGACCCUGAAUUGUGCCUGAAGGAUGAAACCUUGGUUUCGGUGUGGCUGCUAGGGUUCAGAGAGCUUCUCGCAAGCCUGCCUGGUUCCAUUCGAACAAACUCGGCAAGCGUGUCCACACAACAAACACACAUUGACGGCACGCUGAUGCUCCUUCGACUCCGCGGUGAAAGACAGUUCUUCACCCCCGAGGGCCGCCAUUUAUUCGCGGUCAUCUUGUCUUCCAUGCAUUGGAAGCCACUGUUUGCAAGCCAGGAGCCCAAACAAGAAUACCUAAUGCUGGAGUCCCAGAUACCCAACGCUGUAUGUGUUGUUCCACCUGCUGCAACCAAGGUGCAGGCUUACUUCCAUGCCGUCUGCAAGCUUCGAGCCCGAAUCAAGAAUUUCCGGUUGGUCGCCCAAAAUCCUUCCAUUGAUCAGGUACGAAUGGUGGCUUCGUAUCUACGAGCUGCGGCCAGACUCGAGGACAAAGCAAGCGGAUGGUGCGACAUUGUCAGUUGGCUUCCCCGUAAGGUGGUCAUUGACCCUUCCCACCGUCCACAUGCUCAAACACCCUGGACACGGACAUGGGACUCCACCUUCGGCCUGCACUGGUUCGACUCCUGGGCCGGCUUUUAUCACUGGAACCGUUACUUCGUGGCCAAUAUCUGUCUACAUGCAGCUCUCCUGGAUGCCUUAGCAGCCCUCACUGAAACGUCAGUGAAGGAUCCCAGGUGGAACAUAGCAGUGGCCGUGAGCGACUUGAUAUCGUGGCACACUGCCAUGGUUCAUAACACUGUUCGAGACUUCUUGGGAACAUUUGCGUACGCCUUUGGCGAUGUGGAUGGCCACGGCCAUGUGCGUACGACGCCUACUCCUGUGGUCAGUGACGGGACAUCCCAGCACCAGCGCGGCAUCAAUGUGCCUGCGACCCUGCAGAUCUAUGCUCCUUUGACUUACCUGGUCACCCUCGAAUGUCUCGAAGCUGACCAGCGGGAAUCUAUGGUCCUCGCUUUGCAACGCGUCGGGGCAGAGUUCUCCCUGAGGUGA